AUGCCUCUCAAACGACCAGCAUACGAACAGGAGACAAACCCGGGUUCCUAUUCCCAGUCUUCGUCACAGCCUCCACCUGGUGCCAAGCGAGCAAAGCUCUCUCACAAGCUCGAUGUGAAGGUCUAUCUGGUGCAAGCGAAGCUGGAUGCACCGUCGGUAGGCUCGCUACUCAGCCUUGCCGAGCACCAUACACGAGGCGUCUGCCAAGAUCCGAGAGACGCAGAUGUGAUUGUCACGGCCAUUGGCAUGCGGAAGCGUCUAGAGAGACAUGUUGAUUGGGACAUCGCGGUGACGAAAGCGGUUGUUACCCCUCAAUGGCUGAGAGACUCAGUUCGUGCGGGUGCUGCUUUGCCUUGCGAGGACUAUGUCGCGAUUCAAGAUCUUCACGACACGACCAUGAAGAACUGCCCCCGCUGUACUCACGACCCCUGUGCUUGCGGAAAUUCUUCUAAGUCCGAGACCGUUCCGCCUCAAGUCUCUGUUGCCGGCCCUUCUGUUUCGCGUCUGUUGCUGCCUCGCGUCUCUGAAGACGACCCUCAAUAUCUCUUGCCUCCGCAGCCCCCUAUUCCCACAGACGUCUCCAAGUUGGAUUACACGUCCCGCUAUGCUUGUCGACGACCGUCGCCACUGGUAUGCCCGAAUCAAGCCCUCGCCACCGAACUUAACGUGCUCCGUCGGAGUCGGACCUUGGAUGGGGACGACCGCAGUGCGUUGAGUUACGAGCGGGCAGUUUCAAUUCUCAAAGCAUAUCCGCACCACAUCCGAUCCCUGCGCCAAGUGGGGAACCUGCCACAUAUUGGGCCCAAGAUUGCGCUUAAGAUAGAAGAAUUCAUUGACACUGGCAAGGUUUCUGAAGCUGAAACCAUCAAGUCGUCGGAACGGUUCAAGGUUCUCUCACUCUUCACCUCGGUGUACGGUAUUGGCCCGACUUCCGCCCGCCGACUCUUCAAUCUCGGACUUCGUUCCCUUGAAGACUUGGAGAUCUACUACGGCGUGGAGCGCUACGUUUCCCCCCACGACGGCGGGCUAGUCGAAAUGGAGCAGGCGCCUCAGAAACCGGGCGGCGGGAAGCAUAUGGUGUACGACGACGGGUUAGGGGACAACUGGGUCCGGGUUGCGCUUGGUCUGCGUGGAGACCUGGAGAAGAAGAUACCCCGCGCCGAGGCGGAGGAGAUGUACCGGGUCGUGGUCCACGAGCUCAACGAUUUAGAGCCCGGAUUUGUGUCGAUCAUGGCAGGAGGAUACCGUCGCGGAAAACCUGAAAGCAAUGACUUGGACAUCGUUUUCACACACCCCGACCGCUCAAAAAUAGGAGGGAUGUGCAAGCGCUUCCUUCGCCGGCUAUACAAUCGAGGGAUGAUCACCCACGUAAUGCACCUGGGCAGUUAUCACUCUCAAAGUCCCAACCGCGCCAAUAACUUGGACUCCAUCGAGAAAUCGCUAACAGUGAUCGUCUUACCACCGGAUUCCUCCUUCUAUACCGGGACCAAACGAAGACUGGAUCUCAUCUUCGCGCCGCCGGAGUUGUACUGGACUGCUGUGCUUGGAUGGACGGGGUCAGUCAUGUUCGAGCGCGACAUCCGACAGUGGGCGAAGGACAAGUGUGGGAUGAAGUUCGACAGCUCAGGCAUCGUGCGCCAACGUGAUUCCAAGGAGUUCUUCCCGCGAUCCGAGAAAGAAGUCUUCGAGCUGCUCGGUUUGGAGUGGAUCGACCCGACUCUGCGGAACGCAGAUCUGUGA